GUUCGUCCCAAGGGACGGCCAAAGCCACCGCGCCGAAACCUGCCGUAACUAUAAGUCGAUGACCCCGCGGAUGUCAUGAUGUUUGCUGAGACAUGAACUGAUUCUUUGAACAUGUACCCUUUAUGUUAUCUCUACCCCCUCUCUUGGAUAUACACGUUCCUCCUUCCGGCAUCUUUUGCAUUUACAUGCACACAGAACCACCCGCCCCGCGGCGAUUAGUAUAUAAAUCAACCACCUACAAUAGAGCACCAAGGCGGAAAUGGCCUUUUCACUCAAAAGCCUCUUCCGCACGAACGGCUGGGACGACCGUCCCUUCGUCUUCGAAACUUCUUGGUUCUUCCCACCUUUGGUAUUUGGCAUCGUGCGCAUUGUUAUUUCGGUCUACUCUUUGGUGACCAUCUUGGUCAUCUAUGGCUGGUCAGCUACGCAUGGCCAAACCGCCAACAUUGCUCGGUGGUUUAGCUACUUCACAAACCUGUCAUUCGUGGGAGUAGCUGCAUAUUUCUUUGUCGCAGGAAUACAUAGCUUCUGCUACGCUGCGAGAGGACGGUCGGUGUUGUUCGAGAAAUGGCCGAGAUUUCUCCGCUCGCUGCACAGCCUACUGUAUACAACAGUUACGGUUUUUCCCCUUUUGGUGCUGAUCGUGUACUGGGCGAUCCUGUACCGGGGAACUUGGUUUCCUGUGGUCUUUGACGCCUGGACAAAUGUCUCCCAACACAUCUUGCCAGCCUUCUUCGCGCUCUUCGAGAUUAUCUUUGCCAACGCCUUGCUCAGGCCUCUUAUCCAUCUCCUCUACAUAAUCCUCAUCCUCGUGCUCUAUAUAGCACUCGCCUACAUUACACACGCGGACCAGGGCUUCUACACAUACUCCUUCCUUGACCCGGGUCGGAACGGCAGGCAAACUCGGCGCGUGGCGGCUUAUAUAUUCGCCAUCGCCGGUGCGACUAUUGCGUUAUACGGUGUCGUCAAUCUGAUGAUAUGGAUCCGCCUAAAGUAUACUCGCGAAAGAACGAAAUUGUCGCGGGUCGCGUCACAGCCGGAGGGGGAGUUAAAUCAUGCGGAAAUGGGCAUGGUUGAGCGAACGAAGUAGUAACCCCCAAGGAGGAAGAGAAACGGGAAGUUGGGAAAUUGUUAAGUGAUAUAUUCUCAAUUUACAUUGGACUUAAUAUGAUCACCUCUGACAUUGCUUCCGGAUUAAUAAUAGCAGCGUAUGAGUCCUAUCAAUACCAGCGCUGAACAGUUCUCCUCGCCCCUGAGACCCACAUCUUUAAUCCAUCAUUGUUUUCUGUCCAGAUGUAUUAAAUCUCAACGCAUGACGAGAGAUACAUACAUUUGCACGUCAAAAAAUGCACCAUGUACGGUGUCUAAGUAGAAAUAUCCCUUGAAACAGGCGGGCAAGGAUGAUUCCCCAUGCAGUACUCCGUACAUCCAACCGACAAAGAAAGCGGAUAUUUCCCCACAUAACUCUACGCAAGGGAUAUCAGAUUUGUUAGACCAUCUCUCUGGUCAGUCGAUCGAACGCUAAUACGACGCCAAUAUUGGGGCUACGACUUAGCGGUUCAUGUCCGUACCAAAUUCCUAAAACGUGCACUGGUCUUUGAUCAUUCUCCUCUGCGCCUGACGAGGGAUUGGGCUCCUGUUCCCCGUUGGGAUCGAACUGUUUUAACGUCAACAGAGCAACAGGCACAUUUAAACAUUGUCCUGACUUACUUGAAUGAAUGCGGACUGGCGGUAGCGGUCCGGUGCCUGAAUCUUACACAUGUUAAGGGUCAAUCGGCGUGGUGUGAGAGAAACUUCGACAAGAUAAUCCCCUGCUCCAUCUGCCUUCGGAUGGUUAUCACAUAUUUUGUGGAUCCCCGUAGAAGAGGCAUAAUAAAUUGCAAUGCUAUCAAGGCCAUCAAUG